AUGGAAAAUAACUUACCAAACAUUGAAGAAAUAAAAAUUUUUCUUUAGGAUAACAACUACUAAUUUUAGAGAUUUUUAGGAAAAGGUGAUUAUUCAGUUGUUGUCCAGGCGUACUCUAAUGAAGAUUAAAUUGAAGUUGCGGUCAAAAUAUUUAAUGAUGAGGACUAAGAUAUUGAAAAAGAAAUCUAAAUCUUUGAGAAGCUUUAAGGAGAAAAUUAAAUUGUUCAAAUAAUUUCAACUAUUAUUGACCCUGACUUAAAUAUGUAUGCUAUUGUCACUGAAUUGUAUGAUUGUAAUUUGAAAACGAUUCUGUAAUUGAACAAACUUUCCUUUUAGCAAAUAUUGGCUCUGACAGAAUAAUUACUAAAAGCGUUACUUACCUUUCAUCAAAACGGUAUAAUACAUAGCGAUGUGAAGCCAUAAAAUAUAUUAUUUAGUAGAAAUAAGCUAACCUUUGCUUUAUGUGAUUUUGGAAAGUCUCAUUCAUUGAAGGACCCAUUAUUAGAUCACACUAACUCAUCUUUAUAAGGAAACUUAAUAUAUAUGUCUCCUGAAGUCUCAAAUGGAGAUAAGCCUUACACGAUAAAGGCAGACGUAUUUUCUAUAGGAGUUGUAAUCUUAUAAUGCAUGCUUGGAGAAUAAUUGAAACCAGAAUAAAUCAUUUUUUUAAAAACUUCAUUGCUAGUUGAUGUCAUUCCUUCUAUAUAAAGUCAUCCAAAUUAUGAUUUUAUAGAGAAAAUAGUAAGCUAUAUGGUAAAUUUUAACAAAUAAGAAAGGCUUGAACCUCUUAGAUUGAUCUAAAAGUUAAAGAGUUUUUAAAAAGUUGAUGUUAGUUGUUUGAGUAAACUUGUUUUACCAAAAAAAGAAGAAUUCAGUCAAUCAAAGUUUAAAAAAAGUGCUUCAUAACAAUAGCAAACUAAUUAUAAUUCUUAAACAUAAAAAAGUAGCUUUUAAUAAUGUGAACAUAUAUAAUACCAAUAGGUACAACAAACUCCUAUUUUAUAUAAGAAUUUGUCACUAUAAAACUUGAAUUUACUCAAUAGUGUCCUACCUCCAAAUGGAAAAUAAUAUCGUGUCUUCAAAUUUUAACGAAUAACAACUUUGACACCUAUCAAUUAAGGCUUUGGCUAACCAAAUUAGUUUAAUGGUCAAAUGUAUUAAACGCCUUUUGGUUCUAGUAACCCUUACUAAUAGCAACAAUAUAGUAAACUACCAUUUAGCAAAUUUCCUAGAAAUUAGGAUUACUGA